UGCUAAAAUGACCUGAAGAGCUGUGUGUUUGAUGAUGACUGUUCACAUACAACCUUCCAAGAGUCACUUGAAAAAUGAGCUUCUGUUCUUCUACAGCAAUAUUUUCAAGAACAAAGUGUCCAGAAAUCAAAUGAACAUCCAAAGAAGGGUUUAGAUUCUUCACAUUCUUUUAAAGAGCACUUGCCAAGAUGUCAGUCCAGACUACUGCUGGUAGAAAUGCUAGUACCCUCCUGAAAGUGCCUCCUUCCCAGAAAUGCUCUUCCUUGAGUGCUCUCAGCGCCAGCAGCCGCCCGAAGCUGCUUCCCAAGCCUGACACCUCACAGUGCGAAAACCAUGACCCAUUACAGACACCUGCGAGUAAAAUCAGAGACAUAAACAGCACUUAUGUUAUUUCUGCCUGUAACAGAUCUGGAGAUCUGCCCCUUUCCCCCAACCCUGUGGGGAGACUGACCCUUCAGAGAAGAGCUACGAGGAACAAAGAGUCAACUUUACUUGGGAGUGAGUUGGGGGACACAAUUGGACCUGCAGCAGACACCAGUCUUACGUUGCAACGUCGGGGUGCUAGAACAGAUUGUGUGGAGAGGUGGAGGGGAACGCAGAAGGUAGCUGGCGAGGCAGGCCUGUCGCAGGAAACUGGGACAAACGCAAAGGUUCUAAGUAGUAAUAGAAACCCUUCUGUCACCUCCUCUGCAAGUUUCACCAAAGACUCCAAUGCCGCUGAUGAGAAACGCAAAGAAAUGUUUUCUACCCCUGGGGGAACAAAUGAAAACGCUGCACUGAAGUCCUCAAGCAGAAGUGUACCUACCCAUUCCCAGGGUCAAACCAGGGGACACUCGGCUGGGAAACCUCUCCAGAGCAAAGCAGGAAGCGUGCAACAUGGGAGUACUGGAAAUGUCGUUGCCAACCAUUCGAACACACUUGGAAGCCUGGAGAAAAGACCCCCAGUGCCAUGUAUACCAGAGCACAAAUCCACACCGAAGCGCGGCCUGCCUCCGCCGGAAAGCCCAGGUGCAUCCAUGGUGAAAAGCAGGGGGCCCAGUCUUCAAAGGUUGCAAAGUUCUCUUCUUGCAAAUAAAAGGGACAUGUCCCAAGAAAAUACACUCCUUCCUGAAGGCACAACUUCAGUUGUGAACAACAGCUCCACUAAAACAGACCCCUUCAAAGUCGAGAACAGUCAGGUGACCGUGGCUGUCCGAGUGAGGCCUCUCAGCAAAAGAGAGCAGACGGAGAAGGCGUUCCAGGUAGUCUUCAUGAACGGAGAAGAAGUCACUGUGGAACACCCUGACUUGAGACGAGUCUACACGUUUACUUACGAUGUUUCCUUCUGGUCUUUUGAUGACCAGCACCCUCACUAUGCCAGCCAGACAGCUGUCUAUGAGAGGCUAGCAGCACCUCUCCUGGAGCGAGCCUUCGAAGGCUUCAAUGCCUGCCUCUUUGCAUAUGGUCAGACUGGCUCUGGAAAAUCCUAUACGAUGAUGGGAUUUAGUGAAGAACUAGGAAUAAUUCCAAGAUUUUGUGAAGAUCUUUUUGCUCAAGUAGCCAAAAAACAAACCCAAGAGAUCAGCUAUCACCUUGAAAUGAGCUUCUUUGAAGUAUAUAAUGAAAAAAUUCACGACCUUCUGGUUUGUAAAGGUGAUAAUGGGCAGAGAAAGCAACCACUGCGGGUGAGGGAGCAUCCUGUGUCUGGACCAUAUGUUGAGGGAUUGACCAUGAACGUUGUCAGUUCUUAUUCUGAUAUCCAGAGCUGGCUGGAGCUGGGAAAUAAGCAAAGAGCCACUGCUGCUACUGGCAUGAAUGACAAAAGUUCCCGCUCCCACUCUGUUUUUACCCUGGUGAUGACCCAGACCAAGACUGAAUUCGUGGAGGGGGAAGAACAUGAUCACAGGAUAACAAGCCGCAUAAACCUAAUAGAUCUGGCCGGUAGUGAGCGCUGCUCCACCGCCCAGACCAGCGGGGACCGACUCAAGGAGGGCGUGAGCAUUAACAAGUCCUUGCUAACCUUGGGAAAGGUUAUAUCUGCACUCUCAGAACAAGCAAACCGAAGGAGAGUUUUUGUUCCCUACCGUGAAUCUGUUCUUACAUGGCUCCUUAAAGAAAGUCUGGGUGGAAAUUCAAAAACUGCUAUGAUUGCUACGGUCAGCCCUGCAUCCAGCAACCUGGAAGAAACCUUAAGCACACUCAGAUAUGCUAGCCAGGCACGCUUGAUAGUCAAUGUUGCUAAAGUCAAUGAAGAUGUGAAUGCCAGGCUCAUCAGAGAAUUGAAAGCAGAAAUUGAAAAGCUAAAAGCUGCUCAAAGAAACAAUCGGAAUAUUGACCCUGAACGGUACCGGCUCUGUCAGCAAGAGAUAACAUCUCUGAGGAUAAAACUGCAUCAGCAGGAGAGAGACAUGGCAGAACUGCAGAGGGUUUGGAAAGAAAAGCUUGAACAGGCUGAGAAAAGAAAACUUCAAGAAACAAAAGAGUUACAGAAAGCAGGAAUUACAUUUCAGAUGGACAACCAUUUGCCAAACCUCGUCAAUCUCAACGAAGACCCACAGCUCUCAGAGAUGCUGCUGUAUAUGAUCAAAGAAGGAACAACUACGGUUGGGAAGUGCAGACCGCACGCCAACCACGACAUUCAGCUGUCCGGCGUCCUGAUUGCCGAUGAUCAUUGUACAAUCAAAAAUUUGGAAGGGACGGUGAGUGUUAUCCCCGUUGGGGAAGCAAAGACUUACGUAAAUGGAAGACACAUUCUCCAGCCCACAGUUCUGCAUCAUGGUGAUCGGGUAAUUCUUGGUGGCGAUCAUUAUUUUCGAUUUAAUCAUCCAGUCGAAGUUCACAAAGGGAGAAGACCAUCCAGUAGAGAUACUCUUGCAAGUGAGGCUCCAAAAGACUUUGAAUUUGCCAAAAAUGAGUUACUUUUGGCACAGAGAUCUCAACUUGAGGCAGAAAUGAAAGAAGCCCAGCUGAAGGCAAAGGAGGAGAUGAUGCAAGGAAUCCAGAUUGCCAAGGAGAUGGCUCAGCAAGAGCUUUCCUCUCAAAGAGCUGCGUACGAGAGCAAGAUCCAAGCCCUGGAAGCAGAACUGAGGGAAGAGUCUCAGAGGAAGAAAAUGCAGGAAAUAAAUAACCAAAAGGCUAAUCACAAAAUCGAGGAGUUAGAAAAGACGAAGCAGCAUCUUGAGCAGAAAAUAUUCGUCAACAAAAAACGACUAGAAAUGGAGACCCUGGCUACAAAGCAGGCCCUAGCAGACCACAGCAUCCGCCAUGCAAAAAUACUGGAAGCUUUAGAAGCUGAGAAGCAAAAAAUUGCUAAAGAGCUACAAAUUCUGCAGCAGAAUCAGAGUAAUAGGGAUAAACUGUUGGCAGUUCAGCCCAACUGGAGCUCCCUGAAACUCUCUGUGAUGAUUCAGGAGGCCAACACUAUCAGCAGCAAAUUAAAAAAACAUUAUGCUUUUGGCAGACACGAUGCAUCUGAUAAGGGGCGUUCUGACACUUCUGUUCGGGUUCGUGACCUGCGGCUUGGGAUCUCAACUGUAUGGAGUGUGGAAAAGUUUGAAUCUAAACUUGCAGCCAUGAAAGAACUUUAUGAGAGUAAUGGUGCUAGCAGGGGUGAUGAUGUGUUUUGCGAUCCUGAAGAUGAAUGGGAGCCUGACAUUACGAAUACAUCAGUGUCUUCACUUUCUCGAAGGAGGAGCAGAUGUUUGCUGAAGAACAGGAGGAUUUCUGGUUGUCUGCAGGACUUACAAGUCCACCCGACUCCGAGUCUGCGCCCUUCCCUGCCGGCAGGUUUAAUGGAGAGAUCAAGCAGCAUCUGCUCUCAUUCAACAGAAUCACUUCUUCCUGGAAUUUGCAAAGAACUGAUUGGCUCGUCGAUAGAUUUUCUUGGACAGAAUUAUGAUGAAGAAAAAUCUAUAGCAGAUAGCCUGAUCAGUAAUCUGCUGAAAAUCUAUACUGUGCUGCUCGCCAUUUCUAAAGCCCAUGAAGAGCAGGAUGAGGAGAGUCAGGAGAACUUGUUCUCUCUGGAUCGAGCAGCGCAGUCCCUGGCUGUACAGAUCACGUGUGCUUUCGAUCAGCUUGUGGUUUUACUCAAACACUGGUGGAAUGAGUGUCUACCUUGUCCCAGCAUAGCAAGGCUUGAAGAUGAACUGAGACAAGAAAUGAAAGCGCUGGGGGGCUACCUGCAGUUAUUUCUUCAGGGAUGCUGUUCAGAUAUUUCAUCCAUGGUGAAAGAGGCCCAAAGGAAAGUGAAGCAGGUUAUUCAGCAAGCUGUGAAAUAUGUGGGGCAGUUAGCCGUUCUGAAAGGGAGCGAGCUGUGUUUCCUGGACAGCAGGGACAAUCAGACUGCCGGUGUCCAGGGAGAAUUCAUGGAUGCUGUUUGUGAUGGUGUGGGCUCAGGAAUGAAGAUCCUGUUAGACUCUGGACUGGAAAAAGCAGAAGAACUUGAACAAGAACUCUCGAGGCAGUGGGCACAGCAUGAGGUCACUAAGCAGAUGAAAGCUAGUGCCGUGGGACUGAUCAGAUCUCUUGGAGACACCUUCUCUGAAUGGAAAACAAAAAGUUUCAGAGCUCCUGGACAAGAAGAUUGUAGAUUCCAAAACUGCAAGAAGAUGGUUCAUCUUGCCCCCGAAUUAUUGCAGUUAACAUACUGCUUAGAGAAAACCAUGCAAAUGGUGAUUUCUGCACUGAGAGGAGGCCCAGGAGACGCCCAUCCCCUGAGAAGCCUCGUGGAAGAUUUCUGCAGCGUGGCCGGCCGCGUGCACUGCGUCCUGGGUGAGCUCUCGCCUCCUGUCCUCGCAGCCACGAUGGAGACACCGGGAGCCGGCCUGGGGGACCUCGAGUCUCUCGCUAAGUCACUGCUCAUAUGUUUCGAAUCUGAAGAGAGACUCGAUUUGUCGAAAGCCUGGAAAUCUCACAAUCAGAGCAGCGGCGGCGGAGAAGCUGCUCCACCGAGCGGGCCGGGCCGCAGCAGAGGCGUCCCCAAGCAUGUCUACCAGCUGCAGGCUGCGCCCCCAGAACUGAGCGCAGAGUGGGGCGCGCCCGGGGGGAUCCAGUGGGUGUGAAGACCUGGUGGCCGGCCUGGAGGGGCAGGACACCAGCAGGAAAAGGAGGGGAAAUCAGCGGAAGGGAAAGGAUGGAGUGUAAAUAUCUCGGAGAAGCCCAUGUCUCUGCGCCGCCCCACACUGCGUGUGCACAACGUCAGCAUUAUGGGAGCGGCUCUGGCAGCUUCCGUGUGCACACCCGCGGUUUCUCCGCACAGUGCAAAUGAGGUGGUGGCUGCAGCUCUAGCUGCGUCUCCUCAGCUGCGUGCUCCAGCUGCUCCAUCCGUCUGUCCCUGAAAAGGGAAAUCAGAACAUCAGUGACUUUAAGUUUCUGUUUCUCUUCCCUGCUAAUAGCCUGGGGGAGCUGCCCAGGGAAAUGGCCUGAUUUGCAUUAGCAAAUCCAGAAUUUGUUUUUUCCUGAAGGGUUAACUGAGUGGCCAUUUUGAAUAAUAUGCACGCUCGAGGUACGCCUCCCGUUCCUCCCGUGAUGUAAGUAACUCCCUCAAUUAGAGCCUGGUGCUCCAGUGGUGCUGUGCUCACUGGCUUAGUACUCCACUGCAUUACCCAUGGUCCUUAGAGGGGCUAUGGGGUGAGACAGCCCCAAGCCCAUGUCAGAGACAGGUGGCUGUUCCUUUCCUUGCUUUGCUAAAGGUCUAAUGAAAGUGCUGGCACGUGAGUGGAUGGAGAGGAAAGAUGCUUAUAUGUCUCAGCUUUAAAAGCGCUUUACAAUCUGGAUCAUAUUCGGCUUGAUGUUACCUAAAGAAAGCAGUUUGACAUUUUUAACCCCUAGAAUACGUGUAACUCCAAAACAGACGUAAUAACUGCUUGGGCAUGCCUGUGCAGCAUCUGAGAGCAGUGGUUUUUAGUACCCUUGUCACUGGCGGGUGCUGUGUGGACAUUGGGCAUAAGUAAGGGGGUGGUCUGAGUAGCGUGAGUAAAACAGGAUGACGCGUGGGCCCCUGGUCAGGCAGGGAGAGUAAGACAAGGCGGGCUGUGGUAGUCAGAGCAACAUGCGCGAACCACGCCGUGUCUUCAGAUGCUUGAAGGUGGUGUUGCGUGCAAAUCGGUGUUCAUAUUCUUUCUGGUGUCUGAGCUUGUGUUCUCGAGGUCUCUCUUUGUAUCAGGCAGUGCUCGGGCAUCGGUAGCACUUCAAGUCUGAUGAACUGGAGAUGGGCGGUAAGGAUUUUUCCUGGAGGCUGAACGUUCUCGAAGGAUGCCUAACUUAUCAGAAUAGUAGUUUUUGUCUUGAUACCUGGUGUUUCAUCUUUAGUCCUGCUUUUUAAACACACCACCAUCAUUAGAAACUUGUUUAGCAUCUUUGUACACUUUUGUAUAUUUAUAUUUAUUCUAAAUAAACUUGUUAUACUGUAUUUGAAUGAAUGGUAAAAAAAAAUAUUUGCUGUUAGAAUCAUGUGCAUUGAAAAGAAGUGUUUCAGAGAGCAUGUCUAAUAAAUUUUGUCAGCUGCA